GCGCACUGCCGAGCCCCGGGAGGGCUAACAAUGCGCUCGGGUCCCUUUCGCUUCCUCGCGACAGGCUGUCAUCCAGAAGCUGCGUAGAAAUGUCUGCCCAGAGGUUAAUUUCUAACAGGACAUCCCAGCAAUCUGCAUCUAAUUCUGAUUAUACCUGGGAAUAUGAGUAUUAUGAGAUUGGACCAGUUUCCUUUGAAGGACUGAAGGCUCACAAAUAUUCCAUUGUGAUUGGAUUUUGGGUUGGUCUUGCAGUCUUCGUGAUUUUUAUGUUUUUUGUGCUGACUCUGCUGACCAAGACAGGAGCCCCACACCAAGACAAUGCAGAGUCUUCGGAGAAGAGAUUCAGGAUGAACAGCUUUGUGUCAGACUUUGGAAAGCCCCUGGAGCCCGAUAAGGUGUUCUCUCCACAGGGCAAUGAGGAAUCCAGGUCCUUCUUUCACUGCUACAUCAGUGAAGCGGACCCCUUGGAGAAGGCCAAAGCUUGUCUCCAGACCACGGCCCUCGACAGUGAAGUUCAUCUCCAGGAAGCCAUCAGAUGCAGUGGGCGGCCAGAGGAGGAGCUGAACAGGCUCAUGAAAUUCGACAUCCCCAACUUCGUCAACACCGACCAGAACUCCUUUGGGGAAGAUGAUCUCCUGAUUUCUGAAACACCUAUUGUUCUAGAAAAUAAGCCAGUGGUCCAGACCUCACACAAAGAGUUGGACUGAGAAGCACAUUUUAUCAGGUGUCUUCCUGAAAAUGCUGGGUUUGUCGUUGAAUAGCCAGAAAUCUCUGUUCAUUGAGAUUGUGUGUGUGUUUGUGUAUAACAGACAGACAGAGAGAGAGAGGCAGAAAGACAGAGAAGAGAACCCCCUGAGAAGAAAGAUGGUGGAGCUGAGUUUUCAUGCCUUUAAACAUAUUUGGAACUUUUGGGGGAACCAAAUAUUUACACUAUCUCAUCUUCCUUGUUGAGAACUUGGUCACGUAUUCGGCAUCAGCGUUCAUGAAUGGGGUUUGAUGUGCUGCAUUUCCUGUCUGGCCCAGCCUCUACCAUGCUCUCCCUUUAGCAAGUUACUUUGAUUCUCUGGGAUGCCACCUUUUUAUCUGUAAGGUGAGGAGUCUGGAGUAGAUGAUCCAAUAAUUUGUGGACUUUUGACUUUGUAUUCACAUGAGGCUAGAAAUACCCAAAAUUAUAUUAACUAGAGGCUGCCCCCUGGUUCUUGUUAUAACAUUCCCCCAGGUCUGUACCUCUCUCUCAACCCUUAAUUGAACCCAGCUUAUGUCAGGGGCUCGAGCAUCUCCCAGGAUGUCAGGAGACCUUGCCUCUCACGAUCACUGUGGCCAAAUUUAUAGCGCUUUGCUAAAACAGCUCAAACCUGGAGACAGCCCCCACACCCCAUGCCCCAAGAUGAGCACCUUAAAUGACAGUCCCAUCCCCCAGAUGUAUGGCAGGCUGUGAGCUGAGUCAAAGGAAGUGCGUUCUGUGUCCCCGUGUCAGUGUAGCUGUGAUUGGUCACCCUGCUGUGUCACUGGCCGGUGAACAAGAGUGCUCUUUGCCAGGCAGAUGUGUGGGUGAUGGCUGUGUGGCUGGUGUGUAGCCUUGGAGGUGGGAUGGUGAAUGGGUUAUAAACACCCCAUCAGCAGACAUUCCAGGCAACACAAGGGUUAAUUUCAUGAAGGAAUGAAAUCUGCGCACUGUUUUGGAAAUGACUUUGGAGUUAAUUUCAUGAAGGAAUGAAAUCUGUGCACUGUUUUGGAAAUGACUUUGUUGUGCACAGUCACAUUGCAUGCAUGGCCAGCUACUAACCUCUGGGUGGCAUUUUCAAUAUGGACUUUCAUUUACCACCUGUCUUGCUUAAACUGAAAAAUAAAUACAUUUAUUGCACCAUAAUUUUCUCUGGUUGUUUUCACACAAAGAAAAAUAUUUUCAUUUUAUUUAAAAACAGUCCCACGUUUAUAAUGCCUCCUAAUUUCUGUCAUCUCUAGGAUCCUAGUG